AUGUCCCUCCAGAGAAUAGUCCGAGUGUCCCUGGAGCAUCCCACCAGUGCAGUGUGUGUGGCAGGAGUGGAAACGCUUGUAGACAUUUAUGGGUCUGUGCCAGAGGGCACAGAGACCUUUGAAGUCUAUGGCACUCCAGGUGUGAACAUCUACAUCUCUCCAAACAUGGAGGCUUCAAGGGAGCGGGCUGACACCAGGAGAUGGCACUUCAAUAUGGGACUUGAGAUCAUUGUUGUCAUGAACUCUCCAAGCAAUGACCUGAAUGACAGUCAUGUUCAGAUCUCCUACCACUCCAGGGAUGAGCCCCUUGCCCUAGCUUAUGCGGUCCUCUACCUCACCUGUGUGGACAUCUCUCUGGACACCGACAUGAAUUGUGAUGGCAACGUAGAGAGGAACUACGUGGACAAGAGGCAAUGGGUAUGGGGACCUAGUGGACAUGGAGCAGUCCUCUUGGUGAACUGUGACCGGGAUGACCCCACCUGUGAUGACAGAGAUAACUGUGACAAACGUGUGCGCUGCCUUGAAGACCUGCAGGACAUGUCACUCAUGAUCCUGAAGACCCAGGGCCCUGCAGCCCUCUUUGACGACCACAAGCUGGUUCUUCAUGUCUCCAGUUUUGAUGCUGAGAGGGCUCGAGUCUUCCAUGCCUGUGGUCCUGAGGACUCAUGCGAAACCUAUAGGUACGUUCUAGGGCAGAACAAGGUGUCCUAUGUGGUUCCACGUUUCAGUGGAGAUGAAGAAAGGUUCUAUAUCGAAGGACUUUCCUUCCCUGAUGCUGGAUUCUCUGGGCUCAUCACCUUCCACGUCACCUUGUUGGACGAUUCCAAUCAGGAUUUUCCAGAGUCCCCGAUCUUCACAGAUACUGUGGUAUUCCGGGUGGCCCCCUGGAUCAUGACCCCAAGCACCCUGCCGCCCCUGGAGGUGUAUGUGUGCAAAGUCCGGAACAACACCCACUUUGUAGAAGCAGUUGCACACUUGGCGAGGAAAGCAGGCUGCAAGCUGACGAUCUGUCCCCAAGAUGAGAACCGCAAUGACCGCUGGAUACAGGACGAGAUUGAAUUGGGGUAUAUCCAGGCUCCACACAAGACUUUCCCUGUGGUGUUUGACUCUCCACGGAAUGGAGAACUUCAGGACUUUCCCUAUAAAAGGAUCCUGGGCCCAGAUUUUGGUUAUGUGACUCGAGAGGCAGAGGAAGAUUUGGUCACUGGCAUGGACUCCUUUGGGAACCUGGAAGUCAGCCCUCCUGUCACAGUUGGAGGAAAGGAGUACCCUCUGGGAAGGAUUCUCAUUGGUGGAAGCAGCUACCCCAGGGAUGUGAGCAGAGAGAUGCUUAAAGUGCUCCAGGACUUCCUUUUUGCCCAGAAGGUCCAGGCUCCUGUAAGACUCUUCUCUGACUGGUUGUCCAUUGGGCACGUGGAUGAGUUCCUCAGCUUUGUCCCAGCCCAGGAUGGGAAGGGAUUCAGGCUUCUCUUGGCCAGCCCCAGCACCUGCUACAAGCUAUUUGAGGAGAAAGAGAAGGAGGGACAUGGAGAUGUGAAGAUGCUUGAGGGGGUUAAGAAAAAAGGAAAUAUGAUGAUAAAGGAGGUUCUGUCGGACAAAACCUUGAGACAGCACAAUCAAUAUGCGGAGAGCUGCAUUGACUGGAACCGAGAGAUCCUAAAACAGGAGCUGGGUCUGACCGAGGAGGACAUCAUCGACAUCCCGCAGCUUUUCCGCCUAAAGAUGGUGGUCUCCAAAAAUGAACUGAAAGCUGAGGCUUUGUUCCCAGACAUGGUGAACAUGCUUGUGCUGGGGAAGCACCUAGGGAUCCCCAAGCCCUUUGGGCCCAUCAUCAAUGGACAAUGCUGCCUGGAGGAGAAGGUGCGGGCCUUGCUGGAGCCCCUGGGCCUGAAGUGCACUUUCAUUGAUGACUAUUUUACCUAUCACAUCCGCUCAGGAGAGGUGCACUGUGGCACCAACGUCCGAAGGAAACCCUUCCCCUUUAAAUGGUGGAACAUGACGCCCUGAGCACAUUCCUCUCUUCUCACCUCCUCUUCUCUGGUCAGUUUUGUCAGUGAGCUCCAGUGGGCUGCUCACUGGGCCCAGUUCAGCUCUUGGUUCCUACAGCCUGCCCCUGCCUCUGGCCCCAAUCUGGGGCUGAUGCCCAUCCCAACCACAGACCCAUUCUGGCUACCCGGAGAUUCCAGACAGCCCAGCCUAACCCUGUCCGGCUGAAGAAAUGAGACCAUUGCU